CCCUGUUAUGCCCCAGUCACCUCCAGUCUGGGGAAAGAGAGUUAGAAAUGUGAAGGAAAUGCACCUUCACUGAGUCAGUUUAUCAGCUGAUUCUUUCACUGUGUAGUGAGGCUUUGUUUCUGGAUAGCUGUUCAGAUUGUCUGUAAGGAACAAUUGUAUGAUUUUACACAUUCAGUCGUCUCUGGAGUGGAGAUGGUGGGCUUGACUGCCUCCUCAGCAGCUGUUUCUGAAAUGGAGCUCUUGGUGACAGAGUUAAAUGUGCUGCUGAGGCUGUUGGACCAUGAGACCUUGAGCUCUGCUACAGAAGAAAAGAAAACUGCUGUAAAGAACCUGCUAAAGAGACUACAGCCAUCAGUCACUGGAAAAGACUACAUGUACAUGAACGCAUCGGUGUACAGAAAUGGAACCAGCUUUGUUGAGUCUCUUUUUGAAAAGUUUGAUUGUGACCUCGGGGACUUAAAAGUCGAAAUGGAGGAUCAGAAGAAAGAUCCAGAGGUAAAACACACCGACCACGGAUGCUGUAAGCCGGCAGAUGGAGAAAGUCAUGGUGUGCGCCUUUUUUUGGACCAGGGCUUGGCAGACUCCCCUCCCCCUCUGCCCAACACACCCGUUCCGGAGGAAUAUUACGAAGAAGCUGUGCCACUCAGCCCUGGCAAGAUGCCAGAGUAUAUCACCAGCCGCAGCAGCUCCAGCCCUCCUAACUCUAUUGAAGAUGGAUAUUACGAGGAAGCAGAAAACAAUUACCCAACCACCCAGGUGAAUGGGCGACGCAAAAGCUCCUAUAAUGACUCGGAUGCCUUAAGCAGUUCCUAUGAGUCAUAUGAUGAGGAGGAGGAGGAAAAGAGCCAGCGAUUGACACACCAGUGGCCAUCAGAAGAAAACUCAAUGGCCCCGGUGAGAGACUGCCAUAUUUGUGCCUUCCUUCUGAGGAAGAAACGUUUCGGCCAGUGGGCAAAACAGCUCACUGUCAUCCGUGAGAACAAACUGCAGUGCUACAAAAGCUCAAAAGACCAGUCGCCCUACACUGACAUACCGCUCAGCUUGUGCACUGUCAUCUACGUACCCAAAGACGGGCGGAGAAAGAAGCACGAGCUGCGUUUCUCUCUGCCCGGAGGAGAAGUGUUGGUCCUGGCUGUUCAGAGCAAGGAACAGGCUGAGAAAUGGCUCCAAGUGGUGCGUGACGUUACAUGUCAGGGAAAUGUUUUGGACAUCCCAUCAUCUCCCAUGAUUCCUAGGAAGAUUGAACUGGAUAAGUGUCUGUCAGUAGAGAAGCAAACCUCAGAUUCUGACAGCAUGCCAAGUGGAGAAAGUGCACGUGACGGUCGGGAAAACGGUAAACCCAAGCGAGGUGCCCUAUCAGAGCUCACAGGCACCGUGAGCCGAGCAGCAGGAAGAAAGAUAACAAGAAUUAUUAGUUUCUCCAAAAGAAAACCUCCUUUACCAGGAGACGUCCGCGGCUCACUCGAUCAGGACCCUCGAUGCGGUUAUGUGGGUGUGCUAUUAAAUCGGUGCUGGAAAGAGCACUGGUGUCGUGUACGGGCCGGAUCUCUUUAUCUUUAUCAUGAGAAAGGAGAACAACGAGUCCAUCACACCACUGUGGCACUGAAGGGCUGUGAAGUUGUUCCAGGCCUGGGGCCCAAACACCCCUUUGCCCUGAGAAUACAGAGAGGAGGUGCAGAGGUGGCUGCUUUGGAGGCGAGUUGCUCUGAAGAGAUGGGUCGCUGGCUGGGGGUUCUGUUAGCAGAGACCGGUUCCUCCGCUGACCCCGAGUCCCUACAUUAUGACUAUGUAGACGUGGAAACUAUUGCCAACAUCCGCACAGCUGCCCGUCACUCUUUCCUAUGGGUAACCUCAGCAGAUUCAAGAACCUAUGAUGAAGUCCCUUUUGAAACCACAGAGAAAAAUGACAGGCUAAGUGGAGUGACUCAAAUAACACGUCACUCUUUCACCACCAGUGACACAGGAAAGCCCAGUCCACAAAUCACCCUAAAACGCCACGGCUCCAGUGAGUCCUCGCAGUGCCGGGUGUACUUACAAGAAACACAGAUGUGUUAUGCAAAUCAGUACGGGAGGUAUGGGAAAACCCGGGCGCAGGAGGACGCACGCGGCUACUUGAAAGAGAAAGAAGACUUGGAGAAAGACAUAGAUGCCAUCAGAAAUGCACUGAUCUCACUGCGGAAGAAAAAACGAGACGUCAAAGCAAAGAUAAAGAGUGUAACAGAUAAGCAGAAAUUGGCAUUAGAGAAGAAUGUAGCGGAGUUGGAGGAGACCUGUCGAGUGAAAGAGCGGGAACGUGUGGAUCUAGAGCUCAAGCUCACACAGGUGAAGGAGAACCUGAAAAAAUCUCUGGCUGGUGGAUCGCUGGGGACAGCUUCAGAAUCUAAACCUACAAACAAGCAGGCUCAAAAGACUGAGUAUAUGGAGUCAUUUCUGCCUGUAAACUGUUCCUCUGAAAUGCGGAAGCGUCCCCCAUCCAUUUAUGCAUCCACCAAAGGAAACGUUAUGCAGAAAGCCAAGGAAUGGGAGUCUAAGAAGAGUACUUAAGGAGAUUUGAGCUGAAAGACAUAUCAAGCCUAACAAAAAAAACGUCUUGAAGUCCAUUGAUUGAGGUUACCAUCAUAUGUAUGACCUUAUAAUUGAGUUCCAGUGGCAAAGCAGCAGCUUCACUAUAAUCCAGUCAAAUGAUAUGGGCUUUUCGAAUGGUCUUGUGAUGCCAGGACAAUGGAUAAAGUAUGGAAAAUAAUAGCUUGUCAGGAAAAAGAGAGGUUGGUUUGGUUGUAAAGAAAGUUGAGAAGAAUGUAGUAUCCACUCUAUAAUGCAUUCUGGUUGAAAGUCAGAAUAACUGCUUUGUGUUUGUGCAAAGUUUUGUCUUUAUAUUCCUUUAGGAUCAUUUCAGCUCCUAACUUAAUGGUGCUAACACUAGUGUACAUGUGACAAAUUGUAAAAAUGUUUUCUAAUCACUACAAUAUUCAGCCUUAAGGUAUCUAAUAGAUACUUAACCAAUCUUUUUUCACCUUUCAAUGUGAGGUAACAUUUGCACUUUAAUGUCUUUAGACAUGGAGAUGGGUAAGGGAAUAUUCUUUUAAUAAAGAUUAAAAAGAUGUGCA